AUGUCCCUAGCAAAGUCCAAAACGAAAUUACCAGUAGUGAGCAUUGUAGCAUGUCUUGUUCCAGAAAUGGGGAUUGGGUUUCAAGGAAAUUUACCCUGGAGACUCUCCAAAGAAAUGAAAUACUUUAGACAAGUGACAUCGUCCACUUUUGACCCUGCAAAGAAAAAUGCAGUAAUUAUGGGUAGAAAAACCUGGGAAUCAAUUCCAGCCAGAUUUAGACCGCUACCUAACCGUAUCAAUGUUGUGAUUUCUCGUAGUUUCACAGAUACUUUGCAAGAAGCUAAUGAUCUGACUGAUCCUUAUUUUAAGAUCAAUUCUCUUUCAGGUUGCAUUGAUGAAUUAACCACCAAGAUGACUAAAGAUCUGGAAAGGAUAUAUAUUAUUGGUGGAGGAGAGAUUUAUAACGAAUGUUAUAAUAUGGCUGACUACUGGUUGAUUACAAAACUUACUCCGGUGGAUACAGUUGAACCUGAAAUGGAUACAUUUUUAAAUACAAAGACGUUGAAACAAGUAUUUGAAGAAGAUAAAACCCAUUUGUCAGAGUUUCUUCCUGAAGGUGUCGAAUUACCAGAAAAAAGUGAAGAUGGCUGUUACCAUGCCCAGGAAAAAGGUUACAGUUUUGAGUUUACGUUUUAUAAUAAAAGAUAA